AACGGAUCCAAAUCUCAAAAAAACGACGUCACUAAUCGAACACUUGAGCUAUGAACUCGUGCCUUUCAUCCGCCACCAACUGGUGGAGAAGCCAUGGAACCUUGCGAACUCUGUACCUGCUGCUGCUGGGUCAGCUCGUCUCCUUCGUUCUGGCAAUGAUGAGCUUCACUUCCUCGCUCAUAGCCACUCUCGGUGUGGAUGCGCCUCUUACACAGACCAUUCCCACUUACUUGGGUUUGGCUUUGGUUUAUGGGAGCAUUUUGCUGUAUAGGCGUGAGAAAUUACGGGUUUCUUGGUAUUGGUAUGUGCUGUUGGGAUUUGUUGAUGUUCAGGGGAACUAUCUUGUUAACAAAGCAUACCAGUUCUCAUCAAUUACGAGUGUGACGCUGUUGGACUGUUUCACAAUAGCUUGGGUCUUACUUUUAACUUGGAUCUUCCUAGGCACUCGGUAUUCCCUGUGGCAAUUGUUUGGUUCUGCCAUCUGUGUUGUGGGACUUGGUUUAGUGCUCCUCUCAGAUGCAGGGGUGGGCGGUGGAGGUGGCUCAAAACCUCUCCUAGGGGACAUACUCGUUAUUGCAGGCACAAUUUUCUUCGCUAUGAGCAAUGUUGGAGAGGAGUUUUGUGUCAAGAAAAAAGAUCGCGUUGAAGUAAUUUGCAUGAUUGGUACUUAUGGAUUUCUAGUGAGUGUGUGUCAGAUGUCUAUCCUGGAAUUACGGACUCUGGAAUCCGUUGCGUGGUCUGCAGAUAUUAUAUUAGCCUGGGCUGGUUAUACUCUAGCAGGCAUAUUGUUCUACACAUUUACUCCAUUCGUACUCAAGCGGAGUGGAGCCACGUUGUUGAAUCUGUCUAUUCUCACAUCUGAUAUGUGGGCAGUUGUCGUUCGCAUCUUUUUCUACCGCCAGCAGGUGGACUGGUUAUACUAUGUAGCUUUUUCGGUUGUAGUUAUCGGGCUCAUCAUUUAUUCACUAACGGAAAAAGAUCCUGCUCCGGUAACUUCACUUGAGAAUGGAAAUCGGAGCUUGGAAUACCACGUUCUUGAAGAUGAAACCGCUGCAUCCAGAAACGAGUCUCCGACUGCACGAGAGGCGUAGAAGCAGUGUGAUGACAAGUAAUACUAGAAGCCAUGAAUGAAUGUUAUCUUCUGUAGGGACUGACUCAAGGGAGAAGACUCUCUGUUCUUGCUUUUAAGUUUUUAUAUCUACCAACAGCCUUGACAAGCUCCAAUAUUUGGAAAAUGGAUGCCAAUGUCAUUGUGUCGAGGCAAAAUCUUAAGAUCAACCGAAUGUAUGUCUCAUUCUCGUGUUUGUCUCUCUCGUCACGUGAUGUGUGUUAUAUGGGGAGAGAGAUACGUAUGAGAUUUAUAUAUACACUCAGGUUGCCCCUCGGUAUAGCCGAUCUUGUACCCAUGUACCAAAUGUAUCGGUAUAGUCCCAAAACUUUAUGACAUUUUUCAAGUAGAGCAUAUUAUUGUGAGUUC